AUGAAGGGUGAAGGGGGGGGGGGGGGUUGGGGGGGGGGAUGGAAUGGGGAGGGGGGGGAUUGGGGGGGUAGGUUGGUGAUGGGUUGGGUUGAUGUAAGGGGUAAUAGGAGGGAGGUUAUAGGAAGAGGAGUUGAUAGGGGUGUGUGUGGGGGUAGGUGUGGAGUGUGUUUUUGUGGGUGUAGUGGGGGGGUGGGGUGGGUUGUGGGGGGGUGUUUGGGGUGGGGGUGUGGGUUGGGGGGGGGGGUGUUGGGUUUUGUUAUUGGUUUUGGGUUUGGGUUGGUGGUUUUUGGGUGGUGUGUGGUGGGUGGUGUAGGGGUUGUGUUUUGGGGUUUUGUGAUGGUGUGGGGUGGGGUUGUGGGGGGUGGGGGUUGGGGGAGGUGUUUGUUGGGGGGGUGGGGUGUGGGGGGGUUGGGGUGGGUGGUGUGUGGGGUGGGGGGUUGUGUGGGUUGGGGGGUUUGUGGGGGGUGUAUGUUUGGGGUUGGGGGGGUGUGGGGGGGGGGGGGUGGGGGGGGGUUGGGUUUGUGGGGGGGUUUGGGGGGGGGGGAGUGA